AUGAACAAGCGGGCCUCGCAAGAUGAGCCUCCAUCCAACGUUAGCAAUAAUCAAGCUUUGCCCCUAAAGCGUGCCAAAGCAGCUCAGAAAGCCGUCAAAAUUCUUCCCGCAAAAUAUGAGGCCUGCGAGGUUGAGGAUAUGGUUGUGCUUAUUGCCAACAUGAUUUCUGAGCUUAUUGAGACGAAUGAUGAACUCCCUCUUCGGAGUGGUGUUCUUACGCGCUUCCAUUCAAGGACGCCGCCGGGUAUUUCUGUCCUGGACUAUCUACAGAGACUUGCAAAGCACGCGACUCUCACACCCCCAUUGCUCCUGUCGAUGGUUUACUACAUAGACCGGCUUUGUUCACUCUACCCCGCAUUUACCAUAACCACCCUUACCGUCCACCGCUUCCUCAUCACAGCUGCCACUGUCGCUGCGAAGGGUCUUUCUGAUUCAUUCUGGAACAAUGCUACAUAUGCGAGAGUCGGUGGCAUCAAGAUAGCCGAACUUGGACUGCUGGAGCUCGAUUUCUUGUACCGAGUGGAUUGGAAAAUUGUGCCUAACCCCGAGGUGCUCGUCGAUUAUUACCGAGGGCUGGUGGAGCGUUCAGAGCUUUACGCGCUGGAGGAAGAAAGUAGCUCGGAUGAAGAUGAGGUCGAUGAUGAGGUUGAUAAUGAAAUCGCCGAUACCUCGGACACCAAAACGGGAGUUGCGACAGACUUGAAGUGGAAAGCUUGGAUGGAAGACGUCUCUAAGGAGAAGGCGGGGGAAGGCGACGUUACUGAGCAGAAGGAGAAGUGA